AUGAAGAUUCCCAACCCAUUCAGGAGGGAUCCCGCCCCUCCUGCCUUUGGGAAUGGAGAACCCAUUCCAGAGGACAAGGCCAACUGGCUUUCAGUUGUGGCCAUGCAUUGGCUGAGCCCUCUGCUAAGCGUGGGAUACUCUCGCCCUCUCGAAAAAGAAGAUCUUUGGUCACUCGGAGACUCUCGACUUACUGGUAAUCUGGCCGACCGUGUGGAAGAGCGUUUCUACCUUCGAUGUGAACCCAACAAACGCCCGAAGCAUCUGCAAGAGAAGCUCGCGACUCUUGAAAGCUUGCCGCCUCAAACCCCGGAGGUUUCUGAAAAGGUAGAUCAAGACACGGAAAAGCAGGAAAGCAAAGAGGACCCACCGACUGCAAAGGAAGCAAAGUCCCCAUACGACGAAUCGCUGUUCAAAGCUCUUCACCAAGUGCUGUUCAAGGAAAUAUGGACAUCAGGAUUCCUGGGCCUCGCAUGCGACACUCUCCGAACGACGACUCCUCUAUUGAGCAAGGUGCUUCUCGAAUGGUUAACAGCAUCUUACUUUUACUCCCGAGCCAGUCAAUCGGAACGCGAAGCCUUGGGUGUGCAGCCACGGGGAAUUGGUUAUGGAAUUGGAUUAGCGUUUGCGAUGUUCGUCAUGCAAGAGGCUGCUAGUCUCUUCGGUAACCAUUCGAUAAAGAUAUCCAUGGCCGCCGGUCAAUCCCUGAGGGCUGGGAUCAUCGGAAGCAUCGUGCGCAAGUCGUUGCGGCUGUCUGGACGAGCCAGGUCAGAACAUACCGUUGGUCAAAUCAUCACAAUGAUAUCCACCGACGGGACAAACCUGGAACAAUUCAUGGCAUAUGCUCACCAGAUGUGGGUGUCUCCCAUUCAGUUAAUUUUGGGAAUUGGGCUUUUGAUUGGGACGCUCGGUUACUCGGCCCUCGUCGGACUGGGAGUUAUCAUUAUCUCCAUGCCCGUGCAAGGAAUCCUCGUCAAAAUCUUCUUCAACCAAAGAGCCAAAUGUAUCAAGAUUACGGACAAACGUGUGCAAUUAACGAACGAAGUAUUGCAAGGCAUUCGUCUGGUCAAGUUCUAUGGAUGGGAAGGGUUCUAUAUCCAGCAAAUUGGACAAUACCGAGGCCAGGAAGUGAAGACAUUGCGAACCAGCGCAUUGGCUCUGGCAGCGCUCACUUGCAUCUUCCAAUUUACGCCUGUCCUGGCCGCCAUCCUUUCUUUCAUCACGUAUUCCCUCACGGGCCAUGAACUGGAUGUAGCCACCAUCUUCACAGCGUUGCAGCUUUUCAAUAUCAUCCGAAUUCCUCUUCUCGUCUUCCCGCUCGUCAUGUCCAGCUUGGCCAGUGCCCUCAUUGCUCUAGGACGUAUUGGAAAGUUCCUCUCUUCCGAAGAGCUCCAAGACCCUUAUCUUCUCCAACCCGAUUCCAAGCUUGCCGUUGAUAUGGAUGCUGAUUUUACUUGGGAGGCUCUAGUCAAACCCGAGGAGAGCAAAGACGACAAAAAGGACGACAAAGUUGCUGAAAAGGAAUCGGAAAAGAAUGGUGAUUCCAAGAAGAAGGGUAAAGGCAAGAAGGCAAAGAAAGGAGAGGCGGAUGACAAGGAAGCUUUACCUUCGACAAGUCAGGACGUCGCGGAAGAGCCUAAGGACUCGGACUCUGCCAAGAAGGAAGAAGACCCGCCUUUCGAGCUGAAGAAUCUUCGCUUGACCGUACCCAAGGGAGCGCUUGUUGGUAUCGUUGGACGUGUCGGAUCUGGCAAGAGCUCUGUUCUCCAAGCCAUCAUUGGUGAAAUGAGGCGCACCCGAGGCGAGGUUACUGUUGGAGGGAAGAUCGCCUACGUUCCACAGGUCCCUUGGAUUCAGAAUGCAACUUUACGGGAGAACAUUGUCUUUGGGCAACAGGACGACGAGAAGCGAUUCAGGGAUGUUGUAACGGCGUGUAACUUGGAUCACGACUUGCAGACCUUGCCGUAUGGAGAGCAGACUGAGAUCGGCGAGAAAGGUAUCAAUCUUAGUGGAGGGCAAAAGGCUCGUGUUUCUCUUGCAAGGGCGGCCUACUCGGAAUCGGACAUCGUGUUACUGGACGACCCCCUAUCCGCUGUGGACGCCUACGUCGGAAGAUCUAUCAUGGACAAUUGUAUCCUCUCUGGGCCUUUGGCUUCCCGCACCCGUAUCCUUGUCACGCACUCGUUGCACGUCCUUCACAAGAUGGACUUCAUCUACUUCGUCGACCAUGGAACCAUCACUGAGCAAGGGACAUAUGAUGACCUCAUGGCUCAGCGAGGUUCCUUCUCUCGCCUCAUCGAUGAGUACGGCCGGUCGGAUUCUAAAGCUGUACAGCAGACAGCAGGACGCACAGGAGCAGCUCAGUCCGCGAAGUCUGAAAGCACCAACGGGGCCGACAAGGACGUCAAAGAUGUCUUGAUGCAGCUGGAAGAACGUAGUACAGGGGCCGUCACUUCUGAAACCUACAAGACCUACUUGCGGUUCGCUGGGGGUGUCAGAUGGGUCGCAAUCCUUGUCGUCCUCCUGGCCGUCGGGCAGGCUGUACAAGUUGGAACUAAUCUUUGGCUUGGAUUUUGGACGGCGGAUGAGAUCCCGGCAUUUGACAAUGGUCGAUAUAUUGCUGUUUACGCCGGUUUCGGUGUUGCCGACGCCCUAUUCGCGUUCUUGCUCUGCUUUGCCUUCUUUGCCAUGGGAUUGGUGGCUAGUCUGAACCUGUUCAGAGCAUCGUUGGCCGGCAUUCUGCACUCUCCGCUUGCCUUCUUCGACACCACCCCGAUAGGUCGUAUUAUGUCCCGCCUUACCAAGGAUAUCGAAACUCUGGACAACGAAUUGGCACAAAUCAUCUACGCUUUCCUGUCCACGUUUGUGUCAAUUUUCGGUGUCAUGGCUCUGGUAUUCUAUACGUUCCCAUAUCUCGGUAUCAUCUUCGCUCCCCUUUCAAUCUUGUACUACAUCGUGGCCCGCUACUAUCGGUUCUCGUCCGUCGAGACGAAGCGUUUGGAUUCCAUCCUUCGGUCCGGACUUUACGCUGCGGUGUCGGAAAUGUUGACUGGCCUCUCCACUAUCCGUGCUUAUGGCAUCCAAGACCGAUCAACCAACAGUGCCAACCAAGGCCUGGACAUGCAGAACAGGGCUUUCUACAUGGUGAUCACCAUUCAACGCUGGCUUGGUCUCCGCCUCGAUCUUUUCGGCAACAUCUUGAUUCUCGGAAUUGCGCUGUUCGCCGCAGGGUUCCGCGAGGACGUUAACCCUGCGAAGAUCGGUGUCGUCUUGACGUACACCCUCAACAUUACCCUCGUCUUCUCCGAUAUGAUUUCCCAGUUCGCCAUGAACGAGCAGAACAUGAACGCGGUCGAGCGAGUCGUCCACUAUGCCGAUCUCCCGCCUGAAGGUGCCAGGGAAACACCACAAGACCCACCCCCAAGCUGGCCGACGGAUGGAGUUGUCAAGUUUAACAAUGUGAAGCUUGCGUACCGGGAAGGCCUUCCCUUGGUUUUGAAGGGUGUCUCCUUUGACGUUAGGCCGCGGGAGAAGGUUGGUAUUGUUGGAAGGACAGGUGCCGGCAAGAGCUCGUUGCUCCAUGCGCUGUUCCGCACCGUCAAGCUCGCUGAGGGUUCUAUCGAAAUCGACGGCGUCCCCAUCGACCAAGUUGGCUUAGAGACGCUUCGUACCCGCCUCGCCCUUGUUCCUCAAGACAGCACGCUCUUCCUUGGCACCUUGCGCGAAAAUCUGGACCCUCAAGGGCAGCGGACGGAUGCUGAGCUCAUCGCAGCUCUCCAGCGUGCCUGGUUGCUGCCUCAAGCAGGCACCUCCGAUCCAGUCGCCGAAGCCAAGUUCAGCUUGGACAGUAUCAUUGGCAACGAAGGCUCAAACUACAGCACUGGCGAAAAACAACUACUCUCCCUCUGCCGUGCACUCGCUCGAAACAGCAAGAUCAUCGUGUUGGAUGAAGCCACUAGUAACGUCGAUCUGGAGACGGACGCCAAAUUGCAGAGGACGAUCCAGAAAGAGUUUGCGGAUGCGACUGUGUUGUGUAUCGCUCAUCGUCUGAACACCAUCGCUUACUAUGACCGUAUCUUGGUCAUGGACGAUGGGCGUGUUGCGGAAUUCGACACCGUUCUUAACCUCUUCGACAAGGAGGAUUCAAUCUUUAGGUCUCUCUGUGAUGAAGCCAAUUUGUCUAGAGCUGAUAUCCUUCGUAUCCGUGAAGAGCAAAAGGGUGUCCUGCAAGAGUCUUCCUCCGCGUGA